AUGUCGAACACAGUUGGUCAGAUCAUCAAGUGCAGAGCUGCGGUUGCAUGGGAGGCUGCGAAGCCGCUGGUGAUUGAAGAAGUAGAGGUGGCGCCACCGCAGGCCGGUGAAGUUCGUCUCAAGAUACUCUUCACCUCCCUUUGCCACACUGAUGUUUACUUUUGGGAAGCUAAGGGUCAGACUCCAUUGUUUCCUCGUAUAUUCGGUCAUGAAGCUGGAGGGAUUGUGGAGAGCGUAGGUGAGGGUGUCACUCACCUGAAACCAGGGGAUCAUGCUCUGCCUGUAUUCACAGGAGAGUGUGGGGAUUGUCCACAUUGUAAGUCAGAGGAGAGCAACAUGUGUGAUCUUCUUAGGAUCAACACUGACAGAGGUGUCAUGCUCAACGACAACCAGUCCAGAUUCUCUAUUAAGGGACAACCCGUACACCAUUUCGUUGGCACCUCUACAUUUAGUGAAUACACUGUGGUCCAUGCUGGAUGUGUUGCAAAGAUCAACCCUGAUGCACCACUUGACAAAGUUUGCAUUCUCAGUUGUGGAGUAUGCACUAGGGGUCUUGGUGCUACUGUGAAUGUUGCAAAGCCAAAACCUGGUUCUUCUGUUGCUAUCUUUGGACUUGGAGCUGUUGGCCUCGCUGCUGCUGAAGGGGCAAGGAUCUCUGGUGCAUCAAGAAUCAUUGGAGUUGAUUUAGUCUCCAGCCGAUUUGAAUUAGCUAAGAAGUUUGGGGUAAAUGAGUUUGUAAACCCAAAAGAGCACGACAAACCUGUGCAACAGGUAAUUGCUGAAAUGACGAAUGGAGGUGUAGAUCGUGCUGUUGAAUGUACCGGUAACAUCCAGGCCAUGAUCUCAGCAUUUGAAUGUGUCCAUGAUGGUUGGGGUGUUGCUGUACUAGUUGGAGUGCCAAACAAAGAUGAUGCCUUCAAAACUCAUCCUAUGAACUUCUUGAAUGAGAGGACACUAAAGGGGACCUUCUAUGGAAACUACAAACCCCGCACUGAUCUUCCCAAUGUCGUAGAGAAGUACAUGAAAGGGGAGCUGGAGCUUGAGAAAUUCAUUACACAUAGAAUACCAUUUUCAGAGAUUAACAAAGCUUUUGAUUACAUGCUCAAAGGGGAGUCCAUCAGAUGUAUCAUCAAAAUGGAGGAGUAA